AUGUCUGCUGGAGCACCGGCCGUGGUGCCCGUUAAGGACAACGAACCCAUCGUCCUUUGCAUGGAAGACAUCAAAGCCAUCGCAGACUCAAAGCUCCCAGAGGUAGCCAGAGACUUCUACAACUCGGGGUCCACGUACCAAACGACCAUUGCCGAGAACAGAUCCGCAUUCUACAAGUACCGUCUCCGCUCGCGCGUCCUCGUCGACGUCUCCGAGUUGUCCACGCAAACAACAUGUCUUGGCCGGACGAUCAGAUUUCCCUUGUGCAUAUCGCCGGCAGGUCUCCAGGCCAUGGCUCACCCAGACGGAGAGGUCGCGACGGCUCGCGCAUGUGCGAAAAUCGGCGUCAAUAUGGCAAUUUCGAGCUUCUCGAAUUAUCCGGUGGAAGAAGUCAUCCGGGCCUCGAAUGGAGGCGUGAAUUAUGCGAUGCAGAUGUACACGAUGAAAGACCGUUCGUUGCAAGAGCGCAUCAUCAAGUCGGCCGAAGCUGCGGGUUGCAAGGCUAUCUUCCUCACGGCAGACUCGCCCGUGCUGGGUGUGCGGUUCAAUGAGUGGCGCAACGACUUCCGCACCCCGGAAGGGCUCGGGUUCCCCGUCCUGGAGUGGACAAGUGAGAUGAUCCGAAAGCAGACCCACGACAGCGGGUUCACGGCCUUCAACGACGACUCGCACAAUUGGGCAAGGGAAAUCCAGUGGCUGAGGGAGAAAACCAAGAUGGAAAUCUGGAUUAAAGGCAUCGUCACGGCAGAGGACACUGAGCUGGCGAUCAAAUAUGGAUGCGAUGGCAUCCUUGUGAGCAAUCACGGCGGACGACAACUCGACGGUGUCCCCGCAACCAUUGACGCGUUGGUGGAGUGCGUGGAUGCCGCCCAAGGACGCAUCCCGAUCCACAUGGACGGCGGCGUAAGGAAAGGAACAGACAUUUUUAUCGCGCUCGCGCUCGGGGCUGAAAAUGUCUGGGUGGGCAGACCCGCGAUUUGGGCACUCGCAUACGAUGGCCAGAGAGGCGUCGAGAAGAUGCUGGAGAUGCUGUACGAAGAUUUCCGACGGUGUAUGGCGCUAUGCGGGUGCAACAGCGUCGCCGAGAUCAAACGGAGCUGUCUGAGCAGGAUCGGAUUAGAUGGGGUGUUGCGACGCAUGGAGUAG